AUUUUCUUUGCAAGAUGUGGCAACCCUGCAGGCUUGUGUAGGCUCAAUACCUUCGACCUUGGUCUAUAAGAUGCUUCUAGUCCAAGCGGAACAUCGAUGCAACUGCCCAGUCGUGAGUUGUUCUGUAAUAACAUGUUUGUGUGUCUCAUCAUGGAAAUGGAACCGCAUUAUAUUGUGCAAUGGUAUGACGUUUCUUUUUGUGUUAAAUUGACUGAAAAAGCGAUGACAACUUACAGUAAGCUUCAGAAGGCUUUUGGAGAGGUGGUUAUGUCAAGAGCUCAAGUUUUUCGGUGGCAAAAAAUGUUUAGUGAUGCCAGAACGAAUGUUGAAGAUGAAGACCACAGUGGACGACCAUCAACCUCACGGACGGAUGUCAACUUGGCCAGGGUGCGUGAACUCAUACGAUCUGAUCGAAGAUUGUCCUUGAAACUGAUUGCAGAACAACAGAACAUCAAUCGAGAAAUGGUUCGUCUAGUCAUAACUGAAGAUCUUGGCAUGAGAAAGAUUUGUGCAAAAAUCACGAUAGUGCGCCAUCCCAUACUGCUCUGCCAGUACAGCAAUUUUUAACCUCAAAACCAAUUUCAGUACUACCAUAGCCACCUUAUUCAUCAGCUAUCGCUCCAUGCGACUUUUUUUCUGUUUCCAAGAGUAAAAACAUCGUUCAAGGGACACUGUUUUCAAACAACACAAGAUGUCCAAAAAGCUGUGACGAGGGUCUUGAAGGAUAUUACAGAAGAUGAGUUCCAGCAAUGUUAUCAUCAACAGCAGAAGUGCCGGAAAAAGUGCGUGCAAUCAGAAGGGAACUACUUUGAAGGAGACAACACUAAACUUGAUUAAAAAGGAUGACCUUCCUAGAGUACGUCAAGAACUGGAAGCGUUGAAGAGGCUUUCACAUCAUCACAUAUGUAAACUGUAUGAAGUUAUUGAAACUGAUACUCAUAUAUUCAUGGUAAUAGAGUACUGUGCUGGUGGUGAACUGUUUGAUCACAUUGUGGAACGCAACAGGCUGACUGAGGCAGCGGCUCGCUCUUUCUUCAGGCAGAUAAUCUCAGCUGUCGCGUACCUGCACGAGCAGGGGUAUGCGCACAGAGAUCUAAAGCCUGAAAAUAUAUUACUUGACAAGAAUCAGAACUUGAAACUGAUUGAUUUUGGACUCUGUGCCAAGCCAGCAGGAGGCCUGGAGUCACACCUCUUAACAUCCUGUGGAUCUCCAACAUAUGCAGCACCAGAACUGAUUCUGGGCAAGCAGUACCUAGGCUCUGAAGUUGAUAUCUGGAGUAUGGGUGUGCUGCUUUACGCAUUGCUGUGUGGAUUUCUACCAUUUGAUGACGAGACUAUUGACAGCCUUUAUAAGAAGAUAUUGUCAGGACGAUACCAUGAACCAGAAUGGCUGUCAAGGAACAGCAAAGACCUAAUUAAAUCAAUGUUACAAUUAGACCCAAAGCAAAGAAUCACAAUUAAAGAGCUCCAGAAUCAUCCUUGGGUUUUGACUGGCUAUGGAGAACCUGUUGUCUCAGAAAGUCUCAUUGAUUUUCAUGAAAUGGAUCGCACGUGUGUUGGCAUUAUGGCCCAUUACCAUGGAAUAACGUGGGAAGAAAUGUGGUCGUCACUGAGUAAGUGGCCUUAUGACUACAAUACUUCCACUUAUCUUCUCCUUCUUGCAAAGAAGAAACGUGGUUCUCCUGUAAGGUUAUCUCGUCCAACAUACCGUGUUAAGGGUUGUGACGAUAGACUCCAAGGAAUGGAAGAUUCACCUGUCAGAAUUCCAAAAACAGCAAAUGCGAGGCUGAAAGAGACAUAUGUGGUUGUUGCAAACGAAGAGAGAACAGCUGAGAAGUUGACAGCAAAAUCUCUUCGAAAGAAAGCUGCCAAUCCUGAUCGAGCUGUGUGUGAUGGAAAAGAAAAUAGCAGUGGUUUCUCGGAGCCUGUUGCUCCAACACCACAACGGAGAGCCCACAAGAGGUACUGGAGCCCAGGACUGCAAGAACCUCCUUCUCCUGUUCCAAAGAAGAUGACACCUGGGUCUGAAAGGGAGAGCCAAGAUUCUACCAUCCACUGCAAUUUACACCCCGGAGGCGGCGGCGAGGCCGGCGAGGAGGCGGGUGCGGGCAGCGGCGGCAGCAGCAGCAGCAGCGCGUCGACGCCGUGCGCCACGACGCCGCGGUGCGCGCGCAAGGUGCUGGGCGGGCUGGAGCGCAGCCUGCAGCGCAUGCGGGACGUGGUGACGCCGCGCAGGGCGCGGGGCCGCGGCAGGCCCUGCCUGCUCGCCGCCAAGAAUGUGUGUAACGUGUCGACGAUGACGUGCAACGACCCGGAGCGCGUGCGCAGUGAGCUUCUGCGCAUGCUCGUCGACAGAGGCUUCGACUGCAAGCAGAAGGGGUGGGUGGUGCGCGCCAAGCAGCCGCGGCUGUCCUUCGAGCUGGAGGUGUGCCUGGUGGCGCCCUCUGCAGACGCGGAGCACGUGGUCGCCGUGCGGCGCAAGCGCCUCCGCGGCGACGCCUGGAGCUACAAGCGCGUCUGCGAGCAGGUGCUCGCCCUGGGCGACGGCUAGCGCCGGGUGUCGUGAAGUCUAGUCUUCCCAGACACUUCCUAAAUGUUGCCUACAUCACUGUAGCUGAGAGUUCAGAGACGCCCCUGUAAAUUUUACGUAGUAGUUUCUAAUUCAUCAGUUACUGUCAGCUCUAAACCUGUCUACGGCAGACUUAUCACAAGUCUUCCAGGUUUUAAUAACACGGAAAUGAUAUCUUCGAGCUCCAGUGAUUCACUCUGCGAGUUUCAGAAAUUUUUUUGAUAUUUUAAUUGUUUAAAUAUUUUCAUGACUGCUGCACUUUUAAAUAUUUCCAGUCCUCUGUAUUUAUCCAUGUCAUAUAUAUUCCAUUAUUUCCCUUAAACGGGUCCUCAUAUUUUUAUACAAUUUAUGUAUCUACCUGCUUUUGUUGCUAAACUUCCCUUUUUUUGGUUUUGUUUAUGUAUUAUGUAACCUUUGUGCAAGCAGAUUCAGAAACCUCUACUCUCGGUUUAAUACAAGCAUGUGGUCCAUCUUAAUAUACUUCCUGUUACAGUCUUGUUCUAAUAUGGACCUCGUACUGAGGCAUACUCGCAAGCCUGUAUAAAACGUCUUAAAUUCGUACUUCCUCUGAACGUUAUUUAUGUAACAAUAUCACAUUUUGCAGCUUAAAAUUUGACAUGGUGCUGUAUAACGCAGCUAAGUAUGUUUUUGAUCUGGUAUUGAGAUUGCUAUAGGGCCAGUUUUAUUUUUAAUGGCUCGGUUUUCUCAUGACGUGGCUAUUCUAAAGACAGGUGUUGCGAAAAGGUUUGUAAACGAAUCGCUAUCAGUAUUUCUCAGCAAUUUUAUCAGAAAUUCUUUGUAAUUUUUUCCUUCUUGGUACAGAAUAUAUAUUUUUAUUCUUUUGGUGUGUCAUAGUGUUAAUAAAUAGUAUUAUAUAUUCAUAGAUUUAUAUAUUUAGUUUGUAAAUGGAUUUGGAUGUGAGAUAUUUCUAAUCUGUGUCACAUGUUCUAAACAAAGACGCUAACGUUACUUUCUGUUCCUAAUAAAAUUUCAUACUGCUGUGA